UGACCCGCUCCUAACGCACAAGCCAGCGGCGGCCACAGCUCUCUCUACUCUCCCCACCUAGCCGGCCCGCCACACUUCCUCCACUCCCACCCCUUCCCCUCCACAACAGCUGUAUUCUCUACAAACCCGGCGAGAGAGGGGACCCCCCAGCCCACUCUAAUAUCCAGCUGCCUCGGAAAAGUAGUUGGGAGAGGUGAGACAGACAGAGAGAGAGAUUGCUGGAAACUGGAAUGAAUGGAAACGCGUUCUCUCGCUGCCGACCCGACAUGAAGGCGAUGUUUCUGCUCGUGUCUCUACUCCUCAGCGUCUACAGUGAAGAUGUGACUGUGAGGAGUGGGGGUGGGGUGAGCGUUGGUGAGCUGGGGAUGGAGCCCAGCACCAUGGCGACCACCGCACCACCAGAGGAGGACUUUCACUUUGUCAGCACGACACAGAGUGUGAACAUCAACAACCACCGCCCGCUGCUGGAAGAGGUUGUCCGCGAGUCGCUGCCGGAGAAGACGUACCUGGGUCAGGAGAGUUACUUGAGGGCUGGAGCCAGGCUGGGGCCUGCCCUGCCCCAGAGUCCACCACCGCAACCUUCGCCCGCGAGCCUGAUGGCCACCGCCCACACCGCGGCGAUCUCCGAUGUUGCCACCACCGCCAGGGUGGGCCGCAACUCGCCGAUGACCACGGCGGGAGGCCAGGGGUCUUUGUUGACGGGCGCGGCCCCGCUGGUCAUGGUGCCGGCCGGAGCGACGGGGCAGACGGUGGCCACCACCGACCCGCUCACCACGGCCGCGGUGAAGGCGGAGCCGGGGGACGCGGCAUCUGGAAGCGAGCGAGGAUCGGCGCGGACCGCUCCGGGCAGCCCCCCGGUGACCCGGGCCGGCUCGCCGACCCCAGCGGACGCCGGCGGCCGAGACGCCAACAAGGGCCCCGUGACCAACGACACCCCCACACCGGUGGCGGCAGCGGCAAACGCCCACGGCACUCGGCGACCGUCGGCGCCCGGAGCCCAGACCACCCACGGCCCCAACACCGACCUCACCCUCACCUACACACCCUACGAGGCCGAGGAGGAAACCACCACCACCACCAUCAUCACCACCACCAUCAUCACUACCGUACAGACCCCAGUACCGUGCAGUUUCAAUUUCACCGACACAAAGGGGUUUGUUGAAUCUCCAGAAUACCCGAGUCACCUGUUCUACAGCAACGUGGAUUGUAUCUACACCAUCACGGUCUACACGGGAUAUGGAGUCGAACUUCAGGUGAAGAACAUCAACGUGUCGGAGGGGGAGAUGCUGACCAUUGAAGCGCUUGAUGGAGAUGGUCCGACGGUUCUUGCCAACGAGUCCAUCUUGAUGAAAGGCCAGGUGAUUCGCAGCCCGAGCAAUCAACUCUCUAUCCAUUUCCAAAGCAUCCAACUCCGAAAACCAGGCUCCUUCCAAUUCCAUUAUCAAGGUGAGUGA